CCCUGCACAUUGCUCUACAUGCCCCUGCACAUCCACACUCCUGACUACCAGUCACACACAGGGAUUGUGUUCAGUGCUGAGCUCUGCUGUGUCAUAUACCCAGGACAGUCAGCCUGCACUCAUCACACUACUGAGACACUGCAGACUGGAUUAUUCUUUCCUCCAGCAAUGUGGAUUUUAUACUGAAGUUGCCUUGUCUCCUGGACACUGCACUGCUGGGGCCCUGGAAGAAAGACAUCAAUAUACUAGCUCCAAUUUGUAGCUUCAUAACUGUUAAGUAGUGGAAGUUCUAAUAUUGUUGGAGGAGGAUCUAACAGUUGAAAAACAGUGAACAGAAUUUUCCACAUAUUCCUUAAUUUGACAGAAAAACCUCUUAGUGGAUCCAAGAGGUCACUCCAUUUUUCAAGCAACUAUGAGGCUUUUAUGACUAUAGAGAUGCCUGUAAUGCAUAUGAUGGGGAGCCCAGAAUGUGGCUUGACCCGAUCUGCCCAACAAACUCUCUCAAGAAGUCACUGCAGAAAUAUCAAGCAGAAAAUCUCUCAGUGGGAGGUUAGGACCAAUAGUGGCUCGUGUGGAGAUCUUCUUGACUUGAAACCCAAAAGAACUUUUUGUGAGCAAAAUGGGCUAACAAAAUCAACAGAGGAUGGCUUGGAUGACAGGAAGCUAGGCGUAAGUCGUGGUAAGACUUUAGGUUUGGAUUUUAGGGAAGGUAGUAGAGGACAUUUACUUGAUUGUGAAAAUAACAGGGUUAUUCCCAGUCAACCAAAUAUUUAUGAAGACCAAGAAGAAAGUCACACUAAUUUAAACACAAAGGAAAGGACAUUUUUAGAUCAAGAAAUAAAUCUUCCUCCUGGAAACUUUUACACCUCUGCUGGAAUGUUUAAGAAAACCAACAUGAUUUCCCAGGAAGAUUUGACAGAGAUGGUUUUGGAAUUUAAAAGAAGAAGAGGUAAAAGCAUUUCAACAGAAAGAGAACUAGAUUUGCAAGGUCUGAUGGAUCAAACAAUUGGAAUAAAGAGUAUGGAAAACAUCUAUUAUGAUACUGAACCAUUUGAUCACACUCCAUCUAUAAAUCCUGUCCCUAAGCCAAGAAGGACAUUUCGUUAUGCUAACUGUAACCACCAUGAGGAACGUAUGGACAACUAUCACAAUCACAGGAGGAGAAAGUCUGUGGAUGAUAGUGACACAGAAUCAUCGGACCCUUCUGUCCCACCACCUGAGCCAAAGAAAUCUGGAAAUAGAAAACUAAGACCUAGAUCCAAAAGGAAAUCCUUUGAAUUUGAAGAUGUUCAAACAUUUAGGCGCUUCAUGCAACAAACAAACCACCCUCAGAUCUCUGAAGAACCUAUUGAGCACUCACGAUCUGCACUCUAUCACACAGUAUCAGAAGACAAUAUCUAUGAGGAGGUUGCAUUUCCCCAGAAAGAAAACCCAUAUGAAGAUAUCAAAGUACCUUCUUCACCCGUCUGGAAAGUACCAUCGUCAUGGAAGAUCCCACCUCCAAGAUGUACAAUCAAAGCUCCUAAGAUUCCUUCAAAACCAAACUUUCUGAAAAGACAAACACUGGAGCUGAAAAGUACCAAGCUGUAUGUUCACAAGAAGGCCACCAAGGAUGCCACUCUGCCCGUCACACUAAUGGAAUGGAAAGUGUUCCGAAAUGGUGGAGAAACAGCAAAAAAGAGGAAGAAGUUUCCUCGGCUUGUGAUGAAGAUACAGGAUAUAUUUGAUGCCAAGCGUGGAAAGAAGAAGGUUAAAAUUCAGACCUUCACUAGUCCUGAUACUACAUCAAAAGGGGAAGCAAGUGAAUCUGAAAGUGAAGCAGAGGAUCGUCAGAAAAAGCACAAUAAGCGUUUGACUCACAUGCAAAGCUCACUAAAGCGGAACCCUCACUACCAGACUUUGGAGAGAGACCUCAUCGAACUGCAGGAGCAGCAGCUUUUUGAGUUGUUUGUAGUUGUGUCUUUGAAGAAGAAGCAAUCUGGAAAUGGCUAUAUUCCCUAUGUUACUCAACAAUAUCCCAAUAAGAAUGACCAGCCACUGAAACAGUCUAAAGAUACAGAAGAGAGGCUUAAAGUCAUUCCACAGUUUUGCUUCCCUGAUUCUAAUGACUGGGUUCCUACUUCAAAUCUUAAGAGUGAAACCUUUUCUUUUGUGCUAACGGGAGAAGAUGGAAGUAGAUGGUUUGGCUAUUGUAAAAAACUUCUACCACAAGGUAAAGGAAAACGUCUUCCGGAAGUAUACUGUAUGGUCAGCAGACUGGGGUGUUUCAACCUCUUUUCCAAGAUUUUAGAUGAAGUGGAGAAAAGGAGGGAAAUGUCGACUGCUUUAGUGUCUCCAUUUAUGCGUAGUGUCAUGGAAGCUCCAUUCCCAGCACCUGGAAGAACUAUAACUGUGAAAAGUUACCUGCCAGGAUCAGGAAAUGAGGUAAUUGAGCUGUGCAGGCCCAUGGAUUCUAGACUGGAGCAUGUUGACUUUGACUGCUUAUUCAGCUGCCUCAGCGUCCACCACCUCAUCAAAGUUUUUGCCUCACUUCUGCUCGAGAGACGGGUUAUCUUUGUAGCUGACAAACUUAGCACAUUGUCUAAGUGUGCUCAUGCAGUGGUUGCUCUGCUUUAUCCCUUCACGUGGCAGCACACCUACAUCCCUGUACUUCCUGCGUCCAUGAUUGACAUUGUCUGCUCUCCUACUCCAUUCCUUACUGGAAUCCUAUCUUGUUCACUACCUCUGCUGAGUGAUCUUCCUAUUGAAGAGGUAUUAAUUGUAGAUCUGUGUGCAAACAAGUUUCUUCAGCAGGUAUCAGAUGAAGAUGAUAUUUUACCUCACAAACUUCAGGCUGCUCUGGCCCAGAUCUUAGAGCAGAGAAAUGAUAUCAUGUAUCAUGAACAACAUUUCUCUGAAGAAGAUGUUAGUCUGAAUUCUUUGGUAUCCGAAGCCUUUGUGUGGUUCUUUGUGGAGAUAGUUGGGCAUUACUCUCUACAUAUGUAUGUGAAUGAGAAGGGUGAGCGGAUAUUCCAAAGAGAGCUGUUCCGCAAGUCCCACACUUCCAGGAGUGUACGCCAGUUUCUUGACCUCUUCAUGGAAACUCAGAUGUUUGCAGGCUUUACGCAGGACAGAGAACUGAGGAAAAGUGUGGUAAAAGGACUUUUUGAGGUGCGGGCCUGUGAAUAUCUGAAGACUCUCCCUGAAACAGAGCCCAGUGGUGUCAACAAGUUUUUGAAAGGCCUAAGCAAUAAAAUGAAAUUUCUUCAAAAGAAAUAAAGGAACUGAAAAUGUUGCUGGUCUGCCAUAUGAAGUUGGUAUUGUUGGGCUCUCCCACGUGAAUGCUGAAAGCUUCCAGAAGAUUUCCCAAGAGAAGAAUUGAAGGCGUUCAGUUUAAUCAUUUGGCCUGUGCUGGAAUAAGGGCACUUCAGAAGAUAAAAAAAUGUAAUGUGACCAAUAUCCUCCAGAUAAAGCUGGAUUGCGUGAACUUAUAUUUUAUAUAAGACAGAAAAGAAAAAUAUAGAAUUUGCUGGAUGACUCCUGGCUACUUAUGAAAACAACUCCUUUAACUAGUAGUUCUUGGAGAAUGCUCCAUUUGGGAUGACCAAACUUUCCAGAAUUGUUUGCCAAAACUCUUAAUGGAACUAGUUUAAAUAUUGUCAUCAAAUCUGUGGAAAAUAAACUUAUGUCCCAGGAGAGAAUUGUUCAUUUUAGAAGGCUGCUGGAUUUACAAGUUAUUGUGUAAUAUCGCGGAACAAUUUACGGUUGUUAUUCUAACAAACCAGAAGAGACUAUGAAUAGGUUUAUAUGGGCUCAAACCAAAUGUUAUAAAUUCAUCAUGAACACCGAAGUUGGAAAAAAGAAAAAAAAAAAGCCAGUACAAUGUUGUAAAAGCACUUCCUAUAAUUUAUAUGUAAAUAGUGGAUGAAAUGGAACUUGUCUUCCUGACAGAGGUCUACAGUAAUCCUUCUGCACUUAUGUAUAUAAUACUGCGUUACACUGGACUUCCAAAAUGCAAUAUUCCAUGUGGCAUAUAAACCCCUAUAACUGGUUGUCAGUUAUCACUGUGAAAUGUAACAUAAUGGAUAUUGCUCUGUAAAUAAUAUUACUGUACAUGGUGUGGGACGGUGCUGUUCUUAAUACUAGUUUCAUGCAUUUACAAUGCAAAGGUCACACUUGUAUAUAGGUAUGUUUGUAAAGUAUAUGGCUAUGAAAUUGAAAUGCACUUUGUUUAGUAUAUUAGAAAUUGUAACAUACUUUAAAGGGACUUUCCAGGACUGAAUGGUUGAUGACCUAUCCUUAGAGUAGACCAUCAAUGUUUGAGUGUGGGUGCCUUAGCCCUAUAACAAUGACAAACAACAUAACAGAGGAACCACAACGUUCUUUGGCUCAACCCCAGUUCCAUCAUUGUUUAAGCAUAGCAGCUCCUCCAUACAUCAUGGAAAAACCCUUAAAAGUAAAGGUGUCAAAAGAUGGGGGGGCUUGAGGCUGCACCAUGUUACCCCUAUAUCAUCUUAAAUAAGUGACCCUACAAAAUACAGUCAGGUGAGGUAUCUUUACGUGCCUUUUUAAAGUGUUACUUGUAUAUUAAUAUAACUAUUUUAACUGUGCAAACUAUUGAUUUUCUUAAUGCUGAUUGCAUUUGUAUCACUGUUUUUGUUUAUAUGGGUUGAAACAGCAAAUUUCAUUAAAAAAACUAACAAAACAAAAACAAAAAAAACAAUGUUAUGAUAAAAUACAAAAAAAAUUUACUUUUUUUUUUUUUAUUUGUUCAUUGACCCGGGAUCUUUUAAAUGCGGAUGAUUAUAGUGUCACAGUGACAAUUUUUUGUUGGGUUAUUCCUCUAGUAUGUAUGCUGCCAUAUAGAUAUAGAUAUACGACUUUCAAUUUUCAAGUUCUAGAAAUAUUUCCCAGUUAUACAGAGAGAUAUUUGCUACAGCUGAUCAUUUUUUGAUGAGUCAAAACAACCCAUUCAGUCAAAGAAGGAGCAUUUACUUGUUCGCUGUCUGAUCACUAGACCUAUUAGGUUGGACGGACAAUAUCGGCCUUUUUGGCCAACAAUUGCUCCAUAUAAUCAAGCCCUUGCACUCCUGCUUCCCUGUUUUUUUGUCUGUUCCUGUUUUCCCUUUAUCUCAACUUGAUAAACAUGGGUGCAGCCCUUCUUCAUGUUGGAUCUGGUUUCCUUUACUCACUGCAUUGCUAUCUUACUAUAAUGCGUAUUGAAGAACAGCAUCAUAUCCUGUAUAUAGUGUUCUAUUAGGCUGGUUGAGUCUUGAAGCUCAUGAAGUUGUGUUUCCUUUCUGUCACAUGCCAUCAAAUGUUAUAUUGAUUUUGGGUUAAACUAGAUAAUUCAAUUCCUGAUAAAUGAAUACAAUUGUAAAUGCAAUGUUCCACUGUAGUAUUGAUAGCUAUUAAGUUGAACCUUUAGCAGUAUGGCUACUGGAUGGUAAUCACUGACAUUUUUAAUUUGAUACAUACAGUUUGUUUCCAAGAUAGAGUUCUAGUUUAUCAUGGUGACUACAUAGUCCUAUGCCUCUCUACUAGACAGUGCUGAUUUUGUAACUCUCAGCAGUUAUCAUCACUUCUUAUUAGUAAUAUAGACAGCAGAGCAGGACCAUGGAGGAGAUAAAUGUUUCAUCUCGGAGCAUGAGCUGCCAUAAUAAAUCUUGAGAACUGAAAAUAUUGUACCAAGCCAAGGGUUUAGGAGACUGGAAAAAAUUACUAUACAUAAAAAAAACAAUAUUUUACCAUAAUAUAAAUAAAGGUACAGAUCAGGAAAUAUUCCACCUUGACUAUCUUUAUUACUGCCCAGAUUAUGCUGUUGGACAUAUUCAGAGCUCCAAUGUUACUAGUCCAUUUUGCUAGCCUCAAAAUAUGUUAUACUGGGACUAUUUAAACUUUACAAUGUACAGAAAUGGUGCAUUAGCUUAAACAUGUUUACCCUCAAAUUUACUUGUGAACGGCACACACUGAUACAGUAAUAGUUGGUUUCAUAUAUGUUGAAAACAUGGCUCAUAUUGAGCUUAUAUGUAAAUGUCAUUGAUGUUAUUACAUGCGGUUUAUCUUUUUUAGGUAAAUAUGUAAUACUUUAUUAGGACCUGUAUAAUUCACUCUUAUGCUUUUAUACUGGUACAGACAUAUAAAUAAAGUGUUACAUGAAAUUA